AUAACUUAUGCAAUAAAUAUUUCUCAAUUUGAGGAAUCUCCUUAGAACUACGAUCACAUCAACUGGAUCUCUGUAUGGUGGAACAAAACAGCAGCAUUGGAUGCGGGCGCGCCAGUCGCUCGAGUACGACGGCGUCGCCUGCAUGCUUGCACCUGCAACCAGUCGCGGUUGCUCGACACUCGACACUCGGAAGUGCACUCGAGACAGUGACCAGUUGCAGUACUCAGUGUGUCAAUGUUGCUCUGUGAUUGUUGCCUACUUUAGAUUCCAUAAAGUAGGCCUUCCUACCAUGAUCUGUCAUCGUGUCACUGUGACGUCACGCCCCAGCACGUGGCGCACGCGCGCUACUCCGCUCGCACGUGACUCGUACGAUGAAAUUGACAUGCCGCAUACAAGUUCGACGUUCAAAUGUUGCUUACUGUCUGUCGUACUGUCGAAAACCUUCCGUGAAGUACAAUACGCAGGUCUUGGUCAAAUCUACUUCAUCUUCCGGUCGUGGUCGCCGGGCGCCGCUGGUGAUUUCGCGCCAUUUCGCCACAGUUCCAGUCAUUCGCUCGCCACAGUCGGCAGAGCGCGGCGGCCGACCACACUCGCACACUACACAUAAAUAAAUACGAGUUUAUCGACGAACUUCAACACAACAUACAACAAUAUUGUAAAACAAUCCGCGGCUACAACGACACUUAGUGACAAACAAACAUUCCUACACCAUCUGUGAUAAUAAUGAACACUAAAUUAAUAUAAUUCCUCAGUGUUGUGAUUACUAUUAGUAAAUAAUUUCAAAUGCGGCGGUCGAAAUAAAAUGUCUCGAGCGUCGGCGUUCAAAACAAUAUUUUAAUUCUGUGUAACGAGACUGAAACAUGACGAAGUAUAAGUUGAACAAUACCGUGCGCUCCGCGUCUGAAGUGACCCUCACGUCGUACAUGACGGGCAGCACGGACAGCACCAACAAGAAGGAGCCCGAGCUGGACACCAACCAGAAUGACAACAUGAACUCCGAGUCCAACAGGAACCUGGAGGCCAACCGGUGCCACGUGUGCCCACACUCCUGCGACUUCCUCAAGGAGUCGGACAAGCUGGCCGCCUCGCUGGCCAAGCAGGAAUGCGACAAGUUCGGGCUAAACGAGCUGAAGGUGGACGGGCUGGACAAGAACGUGUGUCUGUGUGAGAAGUACAACGGCGGCUGCAAGCUGUGCCCGCGGCCCAGCCUCGCGCCCACGCUCACGCUCAGCCUGGACGGCAAGGAGUCCUGCCUCGCCUGCCACCGGUCCACCUGCGCCACCAUAUACACCAACACAAACGGCACGUACAACGGCGAGCUACCACACAAAGAGUCGGGCGGCGGCGGGUGGCGGCGGGACGCGGCGCGGCGCGCGCGCGCCUGCUGCUCCACCAAGACGCUGCUGCGCCGCCUGCCCAUCCUGCAAUGGCUGCCCAAGUACACGCCCAGGAACGGCCUCGCUGACAUUAUCGCUGGUAUCACUGUAGGUCUGACGGUGAUCCCGCAGGCGAUAGCGUACGCGGGCGUGGCAGGGCUGCCGCCACAGUACGGGCUCUACUCCUCGUUCAUGGCGUGCUUCGUGUACACGGUGUUCGGCUCAGUGAAGGACUCCGCCAUCGGGCCCACGGCCAUCGCCGCCAUAUUGACGAGAGAGAAUCUGCACGGCCUGGGCCCGGAGUUCGCCGUGCUCCUCGCCUUCCUGUCUGGCUGCGUCGAGCUUCUCAUGGGGAUACUGCAGCUCGGUUUCCUAAUAGACUUCAUAAGCGGGCCGGUGUCGGUGGGGUUCACGUCGGCUGCCGCUAUCAUCAUCGCCACCACGCAGGUCAAGGACAUCCUCGGCCUCAGCUUCCCCGGGGGCAAGUUUUUGCAGGUGUGGACGGGGCUGUACGAGCACAUCGGGGAGACGCGGCUGUGGGACUCUGUGCUCGGCAUCUCCUGCAUCAUCGUGCUGCUACUGCUCAGGAAAGUAAAGGACAUAAAAGUGAACCCCAAGCCGGACCCGGAGUGCGGCGACGCGGGGUCGGACACGUCCCAGUCGCGGGCGCGGCGCGCGGCGGCGCAUGCGCUGUGGUUCCUGUCCACCACGCGCAACAUUCUCGUCGUGCUCGUGUGCGCGGCGCUCGCGUACUACUUCGACACGCAGAGGAAGGCGCCCUUCGUGCUCACAGGCGAGGUGAAGCCCGGCCUGCCUGAGCUGUCAGCGCCGCCAUUCUCUGCGACGGUGGGCAACCACACCUAUACCUUCUCAGAGAUGGCGUCCACUCUUGGCUCCGCGAUAUUCGUCGUGCCACUCUUGUCCAUCCUCGAGAACAUCGCUCUCGCUAAAGUUUUCUCGGAGGGCAAGUACGUGGACGCGACGCAGGAGAUGGUGGCGCUGGGCGUGUGCAACAUGGUGUCGUCGCUGGUGCACUCCAUGCCGGUGUCGGGCGCGCUGUCCCGCGGCGCCGUCAACCACGCCAGCGGCGUCGCCACCACGGCCGGCGGCCUGUACACCGGCGCCCUCGUGCUACUGUCGCUGCAGUACUUUACGCCGUACUUCUACUACAUCCCGAAAGCUUCACUGGCUGCCGUCAUCAUUGCCGCGGUUGUCUUCAUGAUGGAGCUGCAUGUCUUUAAACCCAUUUGGAGAACUAAAAAGUUGGAUCUAAUCCCUGCGGUGGUGACGUUUGUGACGUGUCUCAUGCUACGACUGGAGCUGGGCAUCGUGAUCGGUAUCGCAGUGAACCUCGUGUUCCUGCUGUACGCAUCCGCGCGACCUUCUGUCAAGGUCACCACGGCCGUGUCGAGUGACGGCGUGCCGCACCUGGUUGCGGUGGUGGACCGGUCGCUAUCGUUCCCGUCGGCGGAGUUCGUGCGGCGCGCGCUCCGCAAGGCGGCCGAGCGACACCACACGCGCACUCCGCUCGUACUGGAUGCUACACAUGUACAGGCUGCUGACUUCACCGCUGCCAAGGGCAUCAAGGCGCUGAUCGACGACUUCCACGCGCGCGGCCAGACGAUAAUAUUCUACAACGUGAAGCCGUCCAUCGCCGAGGUGUUCCGCGGCGUGCGGCCGCGCGAGUUCCUGCACUGCGCGGGCCGCGCGCAGCUCGACUCCUUGCUGCGCCGCCACGACCCGCGGCAGAUCACGUAACGCUCAGCGAGCCGACAUCUCUCAGAUCUCCGCAGUACCUUGACACACGAGACAGUAUUUAUUAGCUAUACCUAUGUAUUUAUACUAGCCUAGUUAUUGUUAAGUAGCCUAAGUGUUGACAGUCUCAGCGGACGCAGUCAAAUAAACGUGUUGGUUAUUUUAUCACAUUGUUUCCUUCUGUAUCCGGCUUCUGUCCGUUAUGCAUUGAUACGCUGGCAGAGGUUGGUUACUUGGGUCUGUUCGAGACCGACGGACAUACUCUGAGGAAGUCAACCACCGCACACCGGCUGAACAGCGAAGGUAACAAUAAUGUUACAAGUAACUUAAUACUGAUUUUCUCCUUGGUCAUUGUCUUGCUGAAGGUUCGGAUUUCAUUCCCAGGCUAAGUAAGGUAUUCUUCAGGUUCCCAAGGCGAAACAUAGGUGCUUUUGUGUAGAAGGACAAGAUAAAGUAAAACUGCGAGCUUAGGAUAAUUAAAUGUUUAUUUUACAUUCGUCGUUACAUUCCUUGAUGCAGUCGCAUCGGUCGUCUCAGUCGCAUCACUCGCACAGCCAUCGCUUACUGUGGCGCUUUCUUACAAAACCUUACUUUUUGGUUGCACUACUAUUAUUUGUUUAAAGAUUACAUUGGAAUUACAUUAGAUCUAGCUUAACUUAACAUUCACUAGGACUAUCCAGUACGCAGAGACUCAGUAAAUCAAUAUAAAAUGGCUAAAUAAUCUCGCGGCCUCUCGACACUAGUUUGAGCAGCGGCACAACAUAAACACUUGUAUACAUUGGCACAAGUGUCGUUCCAAAAGGAAGAGUUCUACAAUAAAGUGAGCGGGAGUUGACGUAUAGUCGAUGAUCCCUUCGUUUGACUCGCGCAGUGGCCGGCACCGCGGCUCUGCUUGCUCUCUCUCACUACACGGCACUUACUUACGAUAUGACACAAUAACUAUAAACAAGUCGACUACUUAACAUCUCGAAUACAAAGUUUAUCAAUAAAAUAUAAUAAAUGUCGAAUAAUCACAAAAUUACACUAGGACAUUAGGACAUUACGAUGGCGGCGCAAUCUCUUCGAAUGUCCGAACUUACAAAAGUGAAUAGAAAAAGUGUUCGUAAAUACUAUCUAGCACAAAGAUACAAACGAAUUAAUACGCAGACUUAGAAACGCGAAUAUUUGGCGUCCUUACGCUACACAAUACAUGCGGCGGCGGCGUGCCGGCCGGGGAGCGUUGAGUAUCGGGCCGGCACGGCGCGGACUGUACUCUACGAUAUCUAAUAUAAAUGCAAGACCUCGUGCGUCGCCUCCGUCUUAUCACGUACGUCACUUCAAGUACGGUAAGUGAAUAAAAAACGAGAGAACUUAAUUAUCUACACAUUAUAAAAUAUAUUAAAUAGUAUUACGUAAAUUCUAACUUAAAAUUGAAUCUCUUAGAUUUCAAACUCAAAUACAUUUUGUGCGGUCUUCUGAUCCGCGUUCAACAACACAUAAAGAAUUAUAAUUUUGUAAAUGAUUUAAAGCCAACACGACCAUGAGAUCGCUUCCAACGUAUCAACUUGAGCCGACGUUAUUACAAUAAUGAGCAUCGUCCCGCAGCCAUACAGCUCCAUACAGACUAACUUUGUCACAUGACACAGUACUUGAUUACUACUCGUACUUAUACAUCAUUACGGUUGUUCAUCACAAGUCCUACUCUAUAUAUUAAACAAGAUACUUUUGUACGCAUCGCUCUGUUGGUGACACAUUUUUAUUCAAAAUGUAAUCGGCCUCUGAAUGAACAUUCAAAAUAUUUGCUAGCGGCGGCGAUAUUUUAUUAAAUUCAAUCUAUGAGGUUGAUAUUUAAAAUAUGGGUACUAUAUAUAGAUUGCAAUAUUUUUAGUGUUUAAUUUGCCUAUCACUAUAAAAUGUUAUCUAAUGUCUGAAGAAGACCUUAUAGCUCGUCCGCCACGGCAUCACGGGGGGGGGGGGGCACCUCAGUACUUCAGCAGGUCGUCGUCAAGCUCAGUGAGCGCCAGUUUACUGUCUAUCGUUUGGUCCGGGAUAGUAGUAUGGUGGGGGUCGCUCGUACUCAGUAGAGCCGAGGUAGCGGGGAGGUCCCUCUUCCCAGUACUUUGGCGCCAUAUCAUUAUAUCUGCGCGCGUGGUAUGCGUCGAGAGGCGGCGCCAGGGCGGCGUCGGCGCGGACGGCGCGCGCGUCCAGCGGCGCGGCGGAGCGCGGGCGCGCGCCGCGGGGCUCGC